UGCAAGCAAACUCCUUUUUUCUUUCUUUUCUUCCUUUUAAUCUUCCUUUGCUCUCUUCAUUAGUUACGCAGUAACUAUUCAUGAUGGAUAGAUCAAUUCGAACAUUUACAUGGUAAGAUUACUCCUUAUUAUCUUUGUUCCCUGGAGGAAUCUUUUUUGAUGCCUGAUGAAAAAGCGGAUUUAACAAUGGCUGCUGGCCCUGCGCAUCUGUCCACGACAACAGCACGACAACAACAGGGGCAGACGCGACGCCCAGAGCAGCGCCUGAAUGGUAGAGCAACAGAGGAGAGUUGGAGAAAUUGUUCUUCCUUUGUCUAUGGAUUUGACUGUCUAAUAAAAAGCUAUUUGAUAUUCCACCGAUAAAUUUUCCCAUUCCCAUAUUCCCAUAUUUUUAGUUUUUACGACUAAGAACAGAAUAUUAAUACCUACAAACAAGCGUCGAAAGAUCCAAAUGUUGGUAAUUCAGUAUUAACCGGCAAUAAUAACUGGGUUUCAAAGCACUCAAAUGUUACUCGCUGCAUCCCGAUCUUCUGAACUCGGAAACCUCAUCCCGCGAUAAAUCUAUUUAUUAGUGUGCUCCCAGAGUUAAAGUACGGUCCUCCUGCUGAUGUGUUGCUGCAUUCUAUUAUUUACUACACUGAGUAUUUAGUUUAUCGUGUAACAGGAUAUCAAGCUCCUUUAGAGUUAAGCUAAAGUUCCCCAUUGCAUGUUCCCAUGGUGACCACCACACAUCAACAAACGGCCGACGAUAUGACUUCCGCCCAUCGCCAGUCUUCUUCUUGUUUGAAUUUAUAUAUAUAUUUAUUCUCAGCACGCGACUUUUGUCGGGCGAAGACUUGAGAAUAACGGGAUAGCUGGAACUUACCCGGUUCACCCUCCCCCCCUUUUGGAACCACACCACCAACCAAAUGCAUGAUGCGCCCAUAAAAAAAGAAAAGAAAAGAAAAAAGAAAAUGUUCUCCCGCCAUAAUAAUAAUCCCCCCAGCACCCCGUCAUCCCGAGAGAGGAAUAGUAUCCAACCGGCCACCACCCCGCGGGGUUUCUCCACCCCAAGCCGCUCAACCGCCAUCCCACUCCGCGGACUAUUCGCCAACGGUACAUGGCAUUGUAACUGUGAGCCGCGCCGGCAGGCAGAUCACUUUGAGACGAAGAAUGGGGGCAGGAAUCAUGGGCGGUGGUUUUACACAUGUCCGAAGCCGCAGGGGAAACGGUGCAAUUUUUUCCUAUGGGAGGACGAAGCGGAGAUUAGGGAGAGAGAUAUGGCGAAAGUGUUAAAGGGGGCAGGGACGGGAGCGGCUGGCGGCCGUUCCACCAAUAGGACACCGUCGCGACCUUUGGCACAGGCCUCGAUCGAUGCUAGGACCGGGUUACUGACCCCCAACACCGGGACGAGGAAGAGGGCUCGUGAUUAUGAGCAGGGUUAUGGCUAUGGACUAACUAGUGUGAGCGAGAUGGGAUCGCCGAGUAAGAAGAGUAGGAUGGAGGAUGUGGUGGUUAAACGAGAGGAGGAAAGAAAGGACGAUGAUACUGAUGAUGACUCGUUUGGUUGGGAUGAGGAUAUAGAGGGGAGCGUUGUGGAGCAGUUGGCUCCUCGGGAGGAUUCACACCUGGAGCAGCAGCGGCAGAAGCAGGGGAAGGGACAGGGUAUUUUUCAGCCUGGUACGCGACGAAAAAGCCCUGGGUGGUUUCGAGAUGGGAGGGGUUUAUUUGUGAGCGAAGAUGAGGAUGAAGGUGUCCGUGAUGAUGGCGAGGAUGGCAGUCCGCAUGGCCAGCGUGAUACAGAUCCAGCCGGGCUGGAUGGCCCUUUUUUUCCCACACCUUCAUCCAGAGUAUUUCGCCCGUACCACUCGCCUUCCGCAUCCUUAUCCCGAUUCUCAACCCCGCAAACCACGCGCAGCACUCUUACAUACGGACAAGAUACCGCAACAACCUCAUCUCGCACCACGGUAGUAGACCCCUUUGAUCUUGACCCUCCGCAAACACCAACGCCAAUCCGCUUUAACUCCUUCCCGCUCCUUCGCCGCGAUAAUCAACAAGAACCCCACGGCACCGCCCCGCCCAUCAUAUCUUCUACAACCACAACCACAUCCACCACCAGCCCCCAAAAGACCGGCACAAUCGUUUCCAAUACCCUCGCCCUCCUCUCCAAGCACAAUAUUCACAUGCCUCCCGCCGCGAAACGAGAACUUGUCGGAUUGCUGAACGCAGAAUACCUUCACACGCAGUCCAUUAUCAAGGGAAGGGAUGCCACAUCUGCCGCCGUGCGCAAUAGGGAUGUGCAGAUACAGGCGCUGAGGGGGAGGAUUGAGUUAUUGGAGGCGGAGAGGGAAGGGUUCAGGCUUGGGAGGCGGAGUAGGGAUUUCGGCGAGAUUUGAUGUGCUAGAAGGGGUGGAGGAGAAGGAAGAGGGAUAGGAUUUUAAAGGACACGUGUGCGAUUAUACUUAUUGUAUUUUUUUCUUUUUCUUUUUUCUUCUUGGACCCUCCUGAUGCCCUAUACUGUUGGAAUUCGGCCUUACGUAUAUAGGUUUUGUGUGCUUAUUUUUGCUUGGAGUGAGUUGGACGGCUUUGGUGAUCCUCCGCCCGCCGUUUGCUGCAGUUGGGGGUUUCAAGAUUUUGGAAAUACCUAAUUUCUAUACUACAUAUUAUACAUAUAUUGUGUGGGAAUCUCUGCAUCAAUUCUACUGUGACUAUCGUGUUUUCUAGUAUUAUUCACAUCUUGUCUGAUGUACAUUAGUUUCAGGAACGAUUGAUAAGAUAAGGCACGUGAUCUACAAGCUCUCAAAAUUCUCUCACCCGCUAGCAGCUUGAAGGUUAUAAC